CCAGUCCCAGAGACCUCAGGGCUCAGAGGACACAUUGAAAACGCUCAUCCAGGCUGUCUGGAUAAUUCUGGGUUUUCAAACAAAAGGGAUUUACCCUUAAACCACCCCACAGUGUUUCUUUCCUUUUUUCCCUCCUCAGGAGGAACUGCCAAAAAUUUAAAACCUUGUGCAAAACGGACCAGCGGGAGAGCAGGAAGCUGCUCAUGGAGGAGGUGAACUCUGUGUGGGCCACCCAACAGAUGGACCCCCAGGGAGCCCAGGAGAGGCAGCAGCAGCAGGGUGUCGUCCCCUUCCUGGGCACGUUCCUCAAUCACCUGAAACUGCUGGACAUUGGGAUGGAGGAUGAUCUAGAAGGAAAUCUGGUGAACUUCCAGAAAUGGCGUGAGAAACUCAAAGUCAUCCGGAGGAUCCAGCUGCUCCAGCAGGCUGCAAAUGCAUAUGACCUAGAGCCCGAUGAGCGAUUUGGGGCCUGGUUCCAGGCCAUGGAGCCCCUCAGUGUCGAUGAGAGCUACUGCCUCUCCUGCCGGCUGGAGCCCGCACACCAGAAGGCGAGCAAAAUGCGGCUCUUCAGGAGAAAGAGGAACCGGACAUCCUCCAGUUCAGGGCCGACCACCGUGCCCUUGGCAAGGAGCCAUAACCCUCUGGAGACCACAAGUGCAGCUCCUCCUGAGCAGCAGGGACACUGGGACCCUCAGGGUGCACCGGGUCAGCUCUUCCCCCCCACCCCAAGUGAAGGAGGACAUCUGAAGACUUUCUCUGGUUUCCCCUAAAGCCCCAGGCGGAGGGCACGACCCCCCUCCAAAUCCCUGACAUCUGCACCCC